AUGACAUCUCAAUUCGAAUACCUCACCGACCUUGAUGGGACUAAGAUGACGCUUGAUGCUGUUACCGAAGAGGUGUUUCACUUCCCCGCCCAGACCUGGAAGGAAGACGACCUAGUUCCUGGGGGAUUUGUUACCUAUGUUGUCUGGGAGAAAGUUCCUGGCGAUUCCUUUGAUCAUCUCAAAUUCCGGCUUCGGCCCUUCAACGAGAGAGAGGCCAUCCGUGACAAGCACAUCUCCGGGAUUAGAUUCCCAUAUCGUCCUGACGAACCGCAGGAGUGGCAAGAUCGCUUCUUUUAUCGAUUUGCACUUGCCCCCCCAGACCGGAACCCCGGUGCUCUUAUGCCAGGCAUCGAAAGAAACAAAGCAGAUUGGAAGGAAGAUGAGAACGGCUGGGUGUUGCAGGAGGUUUGGUCACACUGA